CUGAUAAAAAAAUUGAACCUAUUACGGAUUUGACUCAAGCAAUGUCCGAUGGUGUUCGUCUCAUUCAACUUUUGGAAAUUAUUGGAGAUUAUUCAUUUAGCAAAUAUAAUAAGAAUCCAAAGUUACGAAUUCAAAAAGUUGAAAAUGUUAACAAAGCCUUAGAGUUUAUUAAACAUCGAGGUGUACCUCUCACAAAUAUUGGUGCUGAAGCUAAGGAAGGUCUUUUACUUUGGUGUCAAAGAAAGACUGCACCUUAUGCUGAGGUCAAUGUUCGUGACUUUACUUAUAGUUGUGCUUUGAUUCAUCGGCAUCGUCCUGAUCUUCUAGACUAUGACUCCUUAAACAAAGUAAUUGUUUCAAAUUAUCCUCCAGAGGUAGCAGCGACUAAACUUGGUAUAACACAAUUAUUGGAUGUUGAAGACGUCUGUGAUAUCCAAAAACCAGAUGAAAGAUCUAUAAUGACCUAUGUUGCACUAUAUUUCCAUGCUUUUUCACAUUUGGUCUCUAAGUUUGCGGAAGUAAUGCAGUCGGUUUGGGAUAUGGAGCAUGAUUAUGAGAGGCGUGUCAAACAGGUAAAUUAUAAAAAAAAUGCCUGGGCCAAUUCUAAAUUUGAUGGAAGUUAUUCUCAUGCUAAACGUCAGUUGGCUGAAUUUAAUCAAUAUAAAGGCAAUGAGAAACGUGUUUGGGUAUCCGAGAAAAGUGAUAUAGAUACCUUACUUGGUAACAUUCAGACUAAACUCAAAACAUACGAAUUACAGCCUUAUCAUCCACAUACAGGACUAACACUAACUGAUUUGGAUAAGGUUUGGCAAAGUUUGAUAGAUGCUGAAGUUAAACAAUAUAAAACGAUUAAUGACAAAAUCAGAGAUCUUUCAGCCAAGUUGGGCCCAUUAGAAAACUCUCUUCGACGUAUUGAGGAGCUUGAUGUGCAAUGUAAAGAGGCAAAUGUUGAAGAAAACGAUUAUACGGUUUUCUCUAUUGAUGAUUUAAAAUUUGAAUUGGGACUUGUACAGCAAGCGAUCAAUAAAAAAUCUGCAUUCAUUGAAAAUCAAAUGGUAGCAAGGAACAUGACAAACCUUACACCAGCUCAAUUAGAGGAAUUUGAAGGUACAUUCCGUCAUUUUGAUACCGAUUCGUCGAAUACAUUAAAUCCAUACGAAUUCAAGGCUGCUCUGGCUAGUUUGGGAAUAGUUUAUGAUGAUACGGAGUUGAAUACAGCAUUUAACCAAAUGUGUGAAGGGCAGUCUGAAGCUUCUUUUGAACAGACUUCACCCGACCAACUUCGGCAAUCAUUCAAAGUUGUAGCUGGGGACAAACCCUUUGUAACAGAACUUGAUCUAAAAAGAUCAUUAUUGCCAGAAAAUGUUUUAUCUUAUUUAAAAGAAGCUAUGCCACCACUGGAAAGUGGAUAUGACUAUUCUAAAUAUUUGGAUCAAGUGUUUCAACAGUAA